AAUGGGGCAGGUAUGGCAAGGACAAGCUUAGGGUCAACUAAAGUCAAUACUAUGUUCCCCUUAUAUUUUGUUUAGUCCCAGGUGAAAGUGAGACCUUGCUCAUCACCCAAGUAGCCAUGGCAGUCCCUUCUCCAAUUCUCUUCUUCUUCUUCUUCUUCCUCAUCUAUCUAGCCUACUCUGACAACACCCAGUUCAUCUUUCAAGGGUUUAAAGGCACUUCCACCGCAAAUUUGAGCCUCAAUGGUGCUUCCAUUAUCACUUCAACUGGUGCAAUUCGCCUCACCAAUUUCUCCAAAAAGAUCAUCGGCCGGGCCUUCUACUCGUUGCCCUUGCACAUGUUCGACGCCCAUUCACAAAGUGCUUCCUCUUUUAGCACCAAUUUUGUUUUCGCCAUUGUUCCUCUAGACCCCGAAAGUGGUGGAGGUCACGGGUUCGCCUUUACUGUAGCUCCUUCCAAGGAACUUCCUGGAGCCCGGUAUGAGAAUUAUCUAGGGAUUUUGAGUCCUGAAAACAAUGGAAACCUCUCAAAUCAUAUAUUUGCAGUUGAAUUUGACACAGUUCGAGGCUCCGCGAACGAUAUUAAUGGCAAUCACGUUGGGAUCGACAUCAAUAGCAUGAAUUCUACCGUUUCAAAGACAGCUUCUUAUUAUGCCAAUCACACCCACCCUGAAGAAGGACUGAAAUUGGAGAGUGGGACUCCAACUCAGGCUUGGAUAGAAUAUGAUGCAACUCAUAAGACGGUGAAUGUCACCAUAUCACCCUUAUUUGUGCCCAAACCCAGUAGGCCGCUCUUGUCCACCCGGGUUGAUUUAUCUCAUAUCCUCAAGGACACCAUGUAUGUGGGCUUCUCUUCAGCCACGGGCAAGCUAGCAGACUCGCAUUACAUACUGGGGUGGAGUUUUCAGAUGAAUGGAAUGGCACCAACACUCAAUCCUUCUAGACUUGCUUCUCUUCCCACACCAGAAAAAUCUGAGAAUGCAAGAAAGGAGGGUAUGAAGAUUGGAGCUGGAUGUUCGGCCACAACGCUUGUCUUGAUUGUGAUUGUCGUGUGUAUCUCCAUGUAUUGUUUGCAGAGGCUCAAGUACAAGGAUGUUUUAGAGGAAUGGGAACUGCAGUGCUCUCACAGAUUUGCAUACAGAGACUUGUUUAAAGCCACCAAAGGUUUCAAGGACAGUGAGAUCCUUGGAUCAGGGGGUUUUGGUUGUGUGUACAAGGGAGUGUUACCUACAACCAAAGAGGAGAUCGCGGUCAAGAAAAUCUCCCACAAUUCCAGGCAGGGUAUCAAGGAAUUCAUAAUGGAGAUAGCGAGUCUAGGACGGAUGAAACACAAGCAUCUAGUACAUCUCCAUGGAUGGUGCAAGCGCAGAGGCGACCUCCUCCUGGUUUAUGACUUCAUGCCCUAUGGAAGCCUCGGGGACAUCCUCUUCAAUCACAAAAAGUCGGGGAUUCUCAGUUGGGAGCAGAGAUUCAGGAUCUUGAAAGGAGUUGCUUCCGCGCUAUUAUAUCUUCACGAAGAAUGGGAGCAGGUGGUUGUCCAUAGAGAUGUGAAAGCCAACAAUGUGUUGCUUGAUGCAGAUAUGAGUCCAAGACUGGGGGAUUUCGGGCUUGCCAGGUUGUAUGAUCAUGGGAAGGAAGCCUGCACCACACAUAUAGUAGGCACAUUAGGAUACAUGGCACCAGAAUUAUCGCGGACAGGAAAGGCCACAACUCAUUGUGAUGUGUUUUCAUAUGGCGCAUUGCUCUUAGAAGUAGCAUGUGGCAGGCCACCAAUUGACCUAAAUGCAACGUCCAACCAGCCAUUACUGUCGGAAUGGGUGAGUGAGUGCUGGGCAGCAGGCUGUAUAGUCGAGGCGGCCGAUCCCAAGCUUGAAAAUAAUUAUGUGGUUGAGGAGAUGGAACUAGUGAUGAAGCUGGGGCUUAUUUGUUGUCAGAAGAUGCCAGAAGCGAGACCAACGAUGAGGCAGGUGACUUGUUAUCUAGAUGGAAGUGAUCUUCUUCCCAGUGACAUUUGUCCGGAAUAUCUCAAUGUGUACGGGAAUAAAUUGUUUGCGGACUCACGUCCUUCCUCUAUGGGUUUUGGUGGGGGUUUUAGUGGGAUCAGUUGUGGCACAAUGGGAGGUGGUGUGAUCAGUUCUGGUUCAUUAGAAGGUGGCAGAUAUUAAAGCCUUUGUUUUGUAGCUUACCAAUAUAUUGUAGCAGGUAAAAGGAUGUUACGGCCCUUCAUGGGAUCAAAUAUCAACAUGGUUGUAUUAGUAGCUCUAAAUUAUCACAAAACCAACAGUUAUGAAAGUAAUAAUUUAGGUUAA